AGCAACCCCUCCAUCAGCACCCGCGUCACCAUGAGCCCGAGCCGCGCUGUUGCCCGGCAACCCGUGCCUUGCGCUCGGGCCCGGCCUUGCCUUGCACCCGGCUCGGAGCUCUGACGCGGGUGUGACGUUAAUGAGUUUGUCCACUUUGUUGUGUUGCUGAUUCGUCGCUCUGGUUGUGGAAUGGUUUACGUUUCCUCUGAGAGCUGUCUGAACUGUGAGAGAAAGUGGUUUAUGCCCGUUCUUUAAGGUACUAGCCUUGAACUAUCCCAACACUGUAGCUGCAGACUGGUGGUGCACAAUGGUGAUCAUGACAGAGAACAGUCGGGCGGCUCAGUCCAGCCCUGCCCAGGGAAGGCCCCUGCAGGUCGGCUUCUACGAGAUUAUCCGCACCCUAGGAAAGGGAAACUUUGCAGUGGUCAAACUGGCCAAACAUAAAGUCACCAAAACACAGGUGGCCAUUAAGAUCAUUGACAAGACUAGACUGAACCCCUCCAACCUGGAGAAAAUUUACAGAGAGGUGCAGAUUAUGAAGCUGUUAAACCACCCACAUAUCAUCAAACUCUACCAGGUCAUGGAGACCAAAGACAUGCUGUACAUUGUGACAGAGUAUGCAAAGAAUGGAGAAAUGUUUGACCACCUGACCUCAAAUGGCCGUAUGAGUGAAGAUGAGGCACGAAAGAAAUUUUGGCAGAUUCUUACAGCCGUGGACUACUGCCAUCGACACCACAUCGUCCACCGUGACCUAAAAACCGAGAACCUGUUGCUGGAUGCCAAUAUGAACAUCAAACUGGCUGACUUUGGAUUUGGAAACUUCUACAAUGCAGGGGAGCCUCUGUCUACAUGGUGUGGCAGCCCGCCUUAUGCUGCGCCUGAAGUUUUUGAAGGGAAAGAGUAUGAGGGGCCUCAGUUGGAUAUUUGGAGCCUUGGUGUGGUGCUUUAUGUUCUUGUCUGCGGCUCUCUUCCAUUUGAUGGACCCAGCCUUCCCGCACUCAGACAGAGAGUCACCGAGGGACGAUUCAGAAUCCCUUUCUUCAUGUCCCAAGACUGUGAAAACCUGAUCCGUAAGAUGCUAGUAGUGGACCCAGCCAGGAGAAUUAGCAUGGACCAGAUCAAGCAGCACCGCUGGAUGCUGGCAGACCCAACAGCCGCCCACCAGACCCUUAGCCAUUCCCUGACAGAGUACAACUCAAACCUGGGGGACUACAGUGAACCUGUGCUGGGCAUCAUGAACACACUGGGCAUCGACCGCCAGAGAACUAUUGAGUCUCUGCAGAGCAGCAGCUACAAUCACUUCUCUGCUAUCUACUACCUGCUGCUUGAGAGAGUGAGAGAGCAUCGCGCUCAGCAGCUGAACCGCCAGUGUGGAACUUGGAGCCAGAGACCCAGGAGCACCUCCGACUCCACAGGCCCAGAGGUGAUCAUGGAGUCCACCGACAGCUUUAGAACCACAGCAUUUUCACUUCCAGCCAAAAGCACUCCUCCAGUGUACUCGGAGAAGGAGUAUGAGCAAGGUGGAUUGUUCCAGCGGGUGGUGUUUCCAGUGGAGGCCAGCCUGAACAGACUUCUCUGGAACCGCUCCAUUUCACCCAACAGCCUGCUGGAGACGAGCAUCAGCGAAGAGGUGCGACCCAGGGACCUGGAGGAGGAGGAGGCAACACAAACUCUCGGGCCCCUGCUCCCUCCCACCACCACUUCCCGCAGACACACUCUGGCGGAGGUUUCGGCCCGUUUCCACCAGUGCAACCCUCCAUGUAUUGUGGUCAGUCCCUCAGAUGGUGCCUCUUCUGACAGCUGUCUGAAGUCGUCAUCCAGUCCAGCCCCCCCGCAGGCUGCUAUGGGUGAGAUGUCAACUCUUCUGGCCUCUGGGGCUGAAGGUAGAGCGCUGCUGCCUACUGGAGUUCCCCUGGCUCUCUCUUCCCACCUCCUGCCCCAGGCCCAGGGCAGCCUGCCAGCUGCCAGCUUCCAGGAGGGUCGCAGAGCCUCUGACACCUCCCUCACACAAGGCCUCAAAGCUUUCCGUCAGCAGCUGAGGAAAAACACACGCACUAAAGGGCUUCUGGGAUUAAAUAAGAUCAAGGGUCUGACAAGGCAGGUUGUACCACCAGCCUCCUGUAACCGAGGCAGCCGUGGGUCAUUGGGUCCAGCCCUCUCUGAGCACCGCAUCAUGCUGGAGGAGGUGCUGCACCAACAAAGGAUGCUACAGAUCCAGCACCAGCCCCAGCUUCAGGUCCAAGUGGCUCAGAAAGGACCUACACAGAAUCCCCUGCUCUUUCUGGCCCAGCAACAGUCACCCUCACCUCCGCCUACUACCGUGUUUGCUUCUGCCUCCAUCUUUGACACCCCCACCCCCUCUGCCCUGCCUCCUCAGCAAGCUUCAGUGGCUCUACAGCACGGGCCCUGGCAACAAACCCUCGAGACGGCCUCCUCUGGCUGCUCCUCAUCCUCCUCAUCCUGCUACUCCUCUUCUCUGUCCCCCGUGGCCUCCGCUGCUUACCUUCUUGAGGCUCGUCUGCACAUCAGCCAGCAAACCCACCCUCACCCCCACACCAGCUUCCAACAGCACCCUCAGUCCACAACACAGAGUACCUUCACCAUCACGUCCAAACCAGCAAUGUGGAACAUGGGCUCGGCCUCCAGCACAGAUCCUGACAUGCAGGAGUUGGGUCUGGCUGCGCAGCAGCUCAGUAGCUGCGUGAUGGUGAAGUGAAACAUCAGCCGUCUUGACCAGUGAAUGUUUUCUCUGUGGAAGAAGAAAAGAGAGCAAAAGUGGGGAGACGGAACAAAAAGUAGAUUCAAGCGACACAUUUACACUUUAUUUAAGAACAUGCGGUACACAUGUGAGAAUGUGUCCACACAUGUGUGUAUGUUGUGUAUGCUUUUGUUAACAUAUAAGCUAAAAACUAAGCAAUAACCAAACUCUGGACAAGGUGUUGAACCCGGAACAGACAGCCAGAGAAGCAAUAAUGAAAGACUCUCGUCCAGCUUCCUGAUGGACUGAAUAAAAUGAGAGCUGACGUUAGCCGAUACAGUUAUGUCUCACAUGUUUUGAUGCUGUCUAAGUUAAAGAUAUGAUUUUUUAAUACAGGAAGGCUCCUUCUUCCUCAUUCUUUUUUUGUGUCAUUUCCUGUUCUUGAUGUUUUUCACUUGACCGGACAGAAGACCAAAAUCUUUCUUUUUUUUCUCCAUAUUUCCCACUUUGUUCGCCUUUCUAAAGAGACAUUUCUCUGUAGCAGUGCAAUGAACAUGCAGUAUAGUGCCCUAAGCUUACAACGUUCACUGAAGGAGUUGAUUUUGAUUAGUAUUGAAACUGUGAUAUUUUUCCCCUCUGUGCUACGCAAAUGCUGCUUUUACCUCAAGCUGCAAAAAGACUGCUAUGUCCUCAUCAGCCAAAACUGAAGGAAAGAUAGUGUCUUGCUGAUUGAGUUAAGCACAACAGGUACAUCGGUCAGCUUGGUAGCACCUUACAUAUGUGGAUACAUCUUUCUGUAUUCCGUUUGUUUGAUAAGCACCUUCCUGUUAGAUGCUUUUACUACCUCCUUGGCAAGAAUUUGGAAACAGACAAACAUAAAUCCCAGAAUAUCAGAGGAAUGACGAUUUUCAUAUGGACAGAACAAAGCUCAUGGGAACAGUGCAAUAUUUCACAUUGAAAUACAAAGAUGAGGCUCUACAUAGGAUGAUCAAAAUGUACAUGCAGAUUUGCCUGAGGUUAUUGUUGUUAUUACCUUUAAUAUGUUUGUUUGCCGUGCUCGCUAGCUGAACAGGUACUAGUUUUGUAACAUAAUAACAGGAUACUGUAGAAAUUAGAGACUGAAGGCAUUUCAAAAUGCUGUUUCUUCACGCAGCAUGCUUGUCGUUCUUUAACUGAAAGGAAGAAUUUGGGUUUUACCAAAGAGUGAACAGCACAAGACAUGGUGAUCUACUAAAGACACACUACUGACUUUUCACCUUGAAUGCUGUUUGAAAUUGUAGCACAGUGGUUAGCUAACAUUUUCACAUGAUCUCCUUAGCUUUUGCUGUGACAAAACACCCGCUGCCACCAAAUCCUAAUGCUACAUGUUGUUAAUAUCUCUAUCUGCUAUCAGGACCAUGGUGGUAUUAAUUUUUGUACUUUUCUAGAAAAGAUGAAGGAAAAAGGAGAACAAAAAAAUCUGAACAUAGCAAUACCAUGUUGUGCUGGAUGUUGAUGUUGUCCACAUGUGACUAGAAAUAGGUAGAACUUACCUGCAACAAGCUGAUUUUUUUGUGCGGUCAGUUCAGAUGACAUUAGAAAACUGUAAGAGAUGUGUAAUAUUGUAAUCUUAGUUCGUUCACAUCUGUGAAACAUCUUGUAGAAGAGCAGUGUUUUUCCAAACCCAGUCCUACGUUGGAAACAUGCAGUGUUGAUAUUUCUAUCCAACUAUUUUUGGCUGAUUGCACUCACUACCAACACUUGUGCCUUUAUGUGAACAAACCCACGAUCAGAGGUCUCCAUGUCUGAUCACUACACUGAAGAAAGAAAGAAGAAUGGCUCUGUUACUGGCCAUUCAGUCAGAAGCCCCUUUUGAUAUCUUCUCAGACCUCUCGCUCUUACCUGAAUUUGACCUUUGAACUUGUGUGAACAGGAGCAAGAAUUGCACUUUAUUCAUAUUUCUUAUUGCUGAUUUUUUGGAUGGAAAACCUUCACAAAAUCAAUACACUAAGAACCCUGAUGCAAAUCUGUAAAAUGACCAUUUUUGAUAAACUUUGGAUAAUGAUAAGUA